CUUCUACUACACAACUUAAUUAUGACAUCACAAUGACUUUGACAUUGUCCAGAUGAUCUCAGGCUGUACCACUGGCAGAGCGUCGUUGGCAUUGAGUAGAGAUGGAUCUAUCCUACUUUUUGCUCGCGUUUUAUCUUUUCAUCUUAUCUUUUAUUUUCAAAAUGAACCAAUUUAGACUUAUUUACUGGAUUUUAUUCUGCAGUUUACUAAUUCCCCAUGUUUGUUAUGGAAGUGCAAUGGAUCAAAGACAAAAGCCUCGCCAUAACUCCAAACCAAUCAGGCAGACGGAUGCACAGACUGAUGAAAUCCUAUUUUUCAUGGGUGCAGAUGUUUUAUUGUGGAUUUUCCUGAUUUGUUUUUACUUACGCAGAGAGCUGAGUUUCUGCGUUUUUCUCUGGCUGAUUAUUGUUAAAAUUGGAGACAUCAUAGUACCCUCCUGGGGCUUAGUGUCCAAUAUGUUCCAUGAUGUCUACAGGAUCUUCUUUUCAAGCAAAGUUAACCAGACAGAGGCUGAGCUAGAAGCCGUCCAGAGAGUUAGUAGAGUACUAAUCCUUUGCCUCAGCAAUGCUAUGGUGAUUUUUGUGAGCAUUGUUGGAUUACGUCUGUGGAGCAAGGUGACUAUAAGGCAACUGAUAAAUACUGGCCGAACUGUCAUGCAGUUUAUAUCAGCAACAGUUUCUGACUUGUACGAUAUAUACACGGUAAAGGAGGCAGCCAACAAAGAAGCAAAACCAGCCAAAACGAAGAAAACUAGCAAAAAGAAAUGCAAAAAAGUAACAUUUAACCUAGUACCACAACUCAUAGUGGACCUGGAGCCAGAAAAUUCUGCUCAAGAUAUUGAGGAGCCAAUAAAGUCAGUCCAGGAGAUUGUAGAGCCAGGAGACUCUUCUGAGAAGACAGUGGCCUCAUUAUAUCCUACAAUUAUAGAUAUCAGGCAGAAAAUGAUCCUUGUGGAUGGUCUUUCACAAGGGAACAGUGUGGCUGGCCAUACAGAAAUUCCCUGUAUGAGGAGUGGCUCUGACUAUAAUACGGAUAUGAAUAACAGUGUUCUGCCUUCAGUGCCCACUGUGAGCCAGGCAGCAGCAGAUGUCCCUAUGUCUGUGAAGAAGAAGAAGAAGAACAGCUUCUCAAGAUUCAUACAAAGUCUCAGGGACAGAGCCACCAGGUCAAAUAAGAAGAGCAAAAAAUCCAUGAAAAACAAAAUUCUCUUCAAUGUAACAUCGUGUUUCCGGUGCCACUCAGCUGAAUCUGCUGAAUCUGAAGAAUAAAGAAUGCACUAAUGGUGACCAAUCAAAGAUGAAGCAAUACAUCACCAUUUUCAUUAGGAGACCCCUACCCUAGAUCCUGAAAUGUAUCCUAAAUAUGUAUGUGCUUGUUUUUCUUUGUUCUUAAUAAAACAGAUUAUCUAACAAAAUGAAUGAAUCAGAAAUGUUUUUUUUGGGGAGUUGAAUUACAUUAUAGGAAUGAGAAUUAGCGUUGCUUUCUAGAUCAGUUACUUUCCCUAAAUACUGACACAAUGUAAGAAGUCAGACUGUUUGUACUUCCCAAACAGCUAAAACCGCUAUAUUGGGGGAGGGGGGGUCACCUAUACAUAAUAAUAAAUAAAUAAUAAAAGCAGGAUAAUGGUAAAAAUACCCUAUAUUAAAUUACAACCAAAGCCGACUUACUCUUUAGGAAUUUUCCAUAGUGCAUAUAAAAGAAUAUGUUUACAAUAUAUUACUUAAUUGAAUGCAUGUAGAUUUAUUUAAAGUAAAAUAAUAUACAGGUAUGGGAUCCGUCAUCCAGA